GCUGCUUCUCUUUCAAACCGCCGCGGUUUGUUUUGACACGCUGAGUGAGUUAUCAUCAGUCUCUAGAGUGGAGACCACCACAGCAGCGCUAACAAACAGGUUGCAUGAUGCUGGAACCAGCGCAGAUCCGUCGGAGAGGCGCUCAGGAUUUUGAAGGUUAAUAUGAUCACGUGUGUGCGGCUCAGGGAUCAGCUCCGGUCCGUGCGGUGCAAGCCAGCCUGAGUCAGAGGAUGUUAGAGUUUAACCCUGAUCACAUCAGUCUAGCGGACUGGACGCCCAUCCUGUCAGCCCUGGCCAUCAACAAACACCUCCAGCAUGUUGCUGUCAAGAGCUGCCACCUCACCAGCAGUGCAGCUCAAAGUUCUUACAGGUCUCAUAAGAAGAAGACCCCUGUGAUGCAUUCCAAGAAUAUGACUUUUCAGUUGUGCAAGGCGGUGCAAAAAUGCCUGUGUGAGUCAAGCAGCCUAAAGACCCUUCAGCUACAUGGUUUGCCACUGAGAGAAAGAGACCUCACAGUUCUCACAAAGGGUUUAGCUAAGAGUGUGUCAUUGGAGCAUCUGUCUUUAGCACACUGUCCAAUUGCAGAUCAAGGUUUGGAAGUCAUCUGUCAGAGUGUGAAAUAUUCCUCAACAAUUAAGACAGUGGAUUUCACUUCCUGUAAUAUUACGUGGCAGGGAGCAGAGCAUAUGGCGAACAUCAUAAAGCACCAUGCAAUGAGACGGCAUAGCACGGCGUGGGUGGAGACUUUGCGCUACAGGAGAGCCGAGUUUGAAGCCAUGAGCGGACUGCGCAGAAUUACUCUCAAUGACAACAUCCUGAUCGGAGACAGAGGAGUGAUGGCACUCUCCCGCGAGCUUACAGAGGACCUGUGGGUCAAAGAUAAGAAUGUGGUGAAGGCUGUGCUCAAAAGAGUUCUCAUCAACGCUAAAAGCCAUGACUCACAGUAUCUUUGGCUUAAACCUCCUUCUCCCAAAAGCGCUCUUGAUCAGUCACGGCAGUUAAGGAGGAGGAAUGCAGGAAAAGCUACAUAUCGAAUUAGCUCUCGCCGGUCCUCCUCUGUAAACUCUGUAUGGAGGCCUGGUUCAGUGGGGUACGUCCCAUGGCGCACUGCUGCUCGGGCUGGCUUACAAAGAGGUGCAUUACAGGCUGAUGGGCUGACUGACCAGAGUUUUCAAAACGCCUCCUCUGUGCGGGUAACCGUGGAGACAGAGACCGAGUCAGAGGAGGUGGAUGCUGCAUAUGUACCGAGUCCUCAGGAGAAAAUCACUAGCUACCAGUUCAGACGAGUACAGAGAGAGAAUAAUCGAUUACAGGUAGAGCUGGAAGAGUGUCGUCUGAGGCUGGCGGAGGAGAGGAACGACAGACUGAAAACCAACUCUCGCCUGGUGGAGCUGGAACUGGAGAAUGAGCGUUUACGGAGUCUGAACCAAUCCCUGUCUGAAGCCCAUCUCAGUGCCUCUGUUCUGGAGGACGAACAUGUGCUGGAAAGCAUCGAAUCCUCCUUCCAAAAAUUCCACGCAUUCCUAGACCUGCUGAAAGAUGCUGGGCUUGGCCAGUUUGCGUCAAUGGCUGGAAUAGACCAGUCAGACUUUGGGCUUCUUGCACAUCCUCAGCUCUCCUCAACACUAACAGAGAGGACAAGGACACACGCCGACCGAGGGAACCAGAGAAAUGAGGAGAGGAGGGAGAGUAAUCAGCAAAGGCAGACAUCCCUCAACCUGAAUCAGGGACCCGUUCAGAACCUCCUGCUAGCACUGAAGACGUUCCCCGGCCUCAUUCUCAACAAGAAGUGCCUCUGAGUCCAGUCAGCUUGUGUGGUGCCUCCCCAGCUUCACAGGAGCCGCUUGAGUUUGAGACCCCUGAGAGGAGCAGAGAGUCAUCGGACCCUUCAAACCACCAGUGGGCCGGCGGAGGCUCUCACUCAGUCGGUUCAGUCAGUAGUGCCAGUCUUCAGUCCAAAACCUCAACGUCCUCCAGAGGGAAUGGAUCCGUGUGCUCGGCUCUUAACUCGAGAGCGUCUAGUCUGUCUCGGUUGGGUUCAGGCAGACAGAGCGCUUCAGGAGGCCAGAGAAGCGCUGCUGGAUUGAUUGGGUUUUAGAGCUGAAUCAGCUGGAGAGAUGGUUGUAUAUCUGUUGCUGCUGUCAUCUUGACCUGUCCAGUGUAUAUUGAGAGUUAUGUGGAGACUGUAAAUGACCUGUUCUAAUCCUAUUAUAUGUUUGUUUGAAAAGUUGGAGUGCUGCAUGUCAUUCCAGGUACAAUAUGUGUUUUAUUCAUAGAUAUGAAUGCUGUUUAGAUUGAUAGACUAUGGCGUUUUAUUUAUAGUAUGUUUGCAGUUCAGUGACACUAAGCUUAUUAUAUAAGACUUUUAGUAGAUUUGUGUGUGAUUGCUAAAUUGAUUGAUAUUUGUGAUUGA